AUGGAGGAUUCUUGUCCUGCCAUCAUUGGAGGGGACUUUAAUUGUAUCUUGAAUAAGGAGGAAAAGAGAGGAGGUAAGAGGUUCAUGUUCUCUAAAGGACCUAAGGAGAUGAAAGGUUUUAUGAUGAAUUCAUAUUUUCAUGACAUUGGAUACAUUGGGCCAAGGUAUACUUGGUGUAACAACAAGGAGGGGGCCUCUUGGAUUUGGGAGAUGUUGGACAGGUGCUUGUUAAAUUCCUUUGCUAUUCAGAAGCUUCCAUUAGCUUCUAUUAGACAUUUGGCCAGAGUGGCUUCUGACCAUAGUCCGAUUGUUCAUAAAUUGGAUGUUAAUGUGCGAUACAAGUCGAAGGUUAUCAUGUUUAAGGAUACAUGGAGGUCUUACCCGGCAAUUAAGAGUGUUGUUUAUCACUCUUGGAAUAAGAAGGAUUAUGGAGAUGAAAAUAUGAUCUUACAAAGGAAGACUAGCAGAACUUUAAGAGCAUUAUUUUUUUGGAAUAAGAAUAAAUGUAAAGACUUGAACAGUUUAAAGGAAAAGCUGAAAGGGGAGAUCCUUGAACUUAAAAACAAGGAGGCUUUGGGGGAGAAUUGGGCAGAUGAGGAUCUCCUGUUACUUCAAACUAAAGUACAUGAGCUUAAUGUUACUUUAAGAAGAUUAUCUACAUGGUGGAAUCAAAGGGCAAAAGCUAGAUGGUAUGAAGAAGGAGAUACAAAUUCCAAUCUAUUCCACAAUUUUGCCACGGCUAGAAGGAAUGGAAAUCAGAUUAAUCAAAUUAAAGAUGAGUUGAAUAAGCAUAGGAAUUGUGAUUUAACGGGUUUGCCAUUAGCUACAGAUAAGUAG